GUGCGCAAAGUGCUCGUCCUCGGAUGAUCUCACCUCAUUGUGUGUGACGUCUAGGUGGUUCGCUCCCAGCUCGCCAAUUGUCCAGCACCUCUCCCCGCUUCACCUGUUUGGACGAUAGCUAUUCUCCUUCCGACUGCACGAUGUUGGGUCUUCGUGGAGCUCUAGUGGUGUUUGCCGUCUACCAGUGCGUCUUUAGUGGUGUCUGUGCAUUUCCACGUGUUCAGAGUAGCGGGUUCGGUUCUGCAAAACACGUCAUCAUUUUCGGCUGUGAUGGAUUUGGAGGAAUGUACUUGGAGAAUGCAACUUCUUUCCUUCCCAAUGUCAACAAGUUUUACACUGAUGGAGCUCACACAACAAGAGCCAGGGAUCAAAUGCCCUCAGUCAGUGCUCCAAACUGGGCUACCAUCAUAACUGGGAUGGGUCCUGAGGAAUCUGGUGUUCCUGACAAUGACUGGGUGCCACCAGAUGAUAACCCUCCCAAUGUUACUGUGCAUGCUCUUCCUCCUAUCAGUGGGAAAGGAAAGAUCCCAGAGACGAUGUGGCGUGCUGCCAAGAGUCAGGACAGCAGUGUGGUGGUGGCUGUGACAGAGUCCUGGGACUGGAUCUACUACCUGGUGGAGGACGGCAUCGUGGACUACAACUUCCGCUGCAUGGAGCACAAGCCAGAUCUAAUGUUCAUUCACUUUCUUAGUAUUGAUGAGGCUGGUCAUGCCUACUCGUGGGGCAGCCCACAGUAUUAUGACGCUGUAAAGUCUGUGGAUGGAUACAUUGGAGAGAUUAUGACAGCAUUUCAUACAGCUGGAAUAUAUAAUGAUACUCUGUUCAUCCUUACAGCAGAUCAUGGAGGGUAUGGGUUUGGGCAUGGUCAGUUUGAUGAGGUCUGCAUGUACAUCCCAGCUCUGUUCAUGGGGCCUCAGGUGAAGAAAGGAUACCAGAUAUCUGGAUACACAACAGACAAGGACUUUGCACCCACUGCUCUGAAUGCCCUGGGACUCCAUCCUGGAGAGUACAUGGUCGGAAAAGUGGUGGAGGAAAUCUAUGAGACUUAG